CGCCCUUGCGGUAACAAUAAUGAUGAAUAGGUUGUAAUCACUGUGGUUGUUGUGCCGCAUGCUUGAACAUACAAACUUGUCGCAUCAUCCGUCGAUUUCUUCGCGCGACUAAUUCGACUGUUCGCCCGCUCGUGGCUAUCAGACUAAACCAUUCCUGUCGUCUGGCUGGGCGGUCGCACCGGCAUUGACUGAAGAGGAGGUCUCAUACAUCUAGAGACGAGCUCUUCUGCGCACACUUCAUCGCAUUUCCGCCCUCUGAGGCUUCGCAGUCUCGCCACAGACCCAACCACACGGUUCACGACUACCACUGCGGACUCUCACUCAAUCGCAUUCACAAUGAACACCCGGCAGUACCGGCUCUUGGGCCUUUGCGCUCUUCUCGGCCUCCUGGUUCUGUAUUACCUUUCCAAUGGCCAAUCCGGAGGCGGCGGACCCAAGAUCGAUUUAGACUCACCAGAAGAAAAGCUGAAGAUUGAGAACUACAAGAAGGCCAUGCGCGAUCUCGCCUUGCAAUUCGACCCGGCCGGCGAGGACGGUGCUCGCGCCGACGUCUACCAAGCAUUACUGAGCAAGCAGGCGACCGAGACCGCCGCCCUCCCCACCCCUGCCGUCGUUGCACCAGGCGCAGCGGCCGACGAACCAGCAUUUCCCGAGGCUCAUCCUUCAGAUGGCGAUGCGGCCAACGACAACCCGCUGAAAGCACCAUUGGUAGCCCAAGAAAAGAGCGUUGGAGGGCGGAAGAACAGCCCGGAUGGCAAGGUCGUUCCCAACAAGCCUGACGCUGACGAUAAGAGCGGCUCCGGGGCAGCAUCAGAUGACGACGAGGAAACCAAGGUUCAAAAGGAGCUCAAUGAUAUCCUGGCAAAACGAGGACCGGUCGUCGUCUUCUCCAAAACAUACUGUCCAUACAGCAAGAAGGCAAAACAUAUCCUCCAAGACUUCUACACCAUCGUACCCGCACCAUACAUUGUUGAGAUUGACCAACAUCCACAAGGACCGGCACUCCAGAACGCCCUCGAGACCCUCUCCGGGCGACGGACGGUGCCCAACGUCUUCAUCAACGGCAAGUCAAUUGGCGGCGGCGACGACGUCGAGGCGCUGCAUAUGAGGAGCAAGUUGAUGGAGAAGAUCAAGGACCUGGGCGGCAAACGACUGACGAGUAUUGCCACGAAGAUGGCGGCGAUGGUGCCGAACCCCGGAGGCGACAAGAAGGAGUAAGGAAAACUUCGCUGUGCGGGCGAAGUCGGGAGGAAAGUUUGAAGGGCAACGUGUAUUACGAAAUAUCCAGGACAGACUUUAUUUGUAUAAUGAUAUCCUUCUUGUCGCUCUGAA